UUUCAAAAAUUUCUCAUUUUUCUUUCGUUUUUGUAGAGAGAGAGAGAGAGAGAGAGAGAGAGAGAUAUGGGGGUUCCGGCUUUCUACCGAUGGGUCGCCGAUCGCUACCCUCUCUCGAUCGCCGACGUGAUCGAGGACGAGCCCAUGGAGGUGGAUCGAGGCGUCGAUCUCACAAAACCUAACCCUAAUGGCGUCGAAUUCGAUAAUUUGUAUCUUGACAUGAACGGAAUCAUUCACCCCUGCUUUCAUCCCGAACGAAGGCCUUCACCUACCUCUUAUCAUGAAGUUUUCAAUUCUAUCUUUGGCUAUAUUGAUCAUAUAUUUGGGCUUGUUCGCCCCAGAAAGCUGCUGUACAUGGCAAUUGAUGGUGUAGCUCCCAGGGCUAAAAUGAAUCAGCAAAGAUCUCGGCGUUUCAGAGCUGCAAAAGAUGCAGCUGAAACAGCCGCAGAAGAGGAGAGACUGAGACAGGAGUUUGAGGCUGAAGGAAGAAAAACAUUUAAAGAGAAAUCUGAAACAUCCGACUCUAAUGUUAUUACUCCUGGGACUGAGUUCAUGGCUUCCCUCUCUGUUGCACUUCAAUAUUACAUACAUUUGAGAUUGAACCGGACUCCAGGAUGGCAGUCUACAAAGGUAGUCUUAUCUGAUUCAAAUGUUCCUGGCGAAGGAGAGCACAAAAUCAUGACCUACAUACGGCUGCAGCGUAAUCUUCGUGGUUUUAAUCCAAACACGCACCAUUGUCUAUAUGGAUUGGAUGCAGAUCUGAUAAUGCUCUCUCUUGCUACACAUGAAGUUUAUUUCUCAAUUUUAAGAGAGGUGGUUACAAUGCCAGGGCAACAGGAGAAAUGCUUUUCCUGUGGUCAAGUUGGACAUCUUGCAGCUGAAUGUAGUGGAUCCGAAGCAAAUGACAAGAUUUAUAUUCCCAUUCACAAGAAGAAAUAUCAGUUCCUGAACAUCUGGGUCUUGCGGGAGUACUUGGAGAAUGAUCUGGCCAUAUCAGAUCCUCCGUUUGAGAUAAACUUUGAACGUAUUGUGGAUGAUUUUGUUUUCAUGUGCUUCUUUGUGGGAAAUGACUUUUUACCACACAUGCCCACUCUUGAAAUCCGUGAGGGCGCAAUCAAUCUGCUCAUGUUUAUCUAUAGAAGGGAUUUCUCAGCGAUGGGCGGUUACCUCACUGAUGCUGGGGAGGUGUCUCUGGAGAGGGUCGAGCAUUUUAUUCAGUCAGUUGCAGUUUAUGAAGAACAAAUCUUUCAGAAGCGUACACGUAUUCAACGGGCUUAUGAGAAUAAUGAAGGACUGAAGCUUAAAAUGCAAAGGGAAAGUUCUGUAGAUGUUCCAUCUACACCUAUGACUGUGGACAAGGUAAAAUUAGGUGAACCUGGAUACAAAGAAAGGUAUUACAUCGAGAAAUUUGAAAUAGAAGAAUCAGAGUCAAUUGAUGACAUCAAGAAGGAUGUUGUUCAGAACUAUGUGGAAGGUCUCUGUUGGAUCAUGCGAUAUUACUACCAAGGUGUUUGCUCUUGGCAAUGGUUUUACCCUUAUCAUUAUGCCCCUUUUGCGUCUGAUCUCAAAGGUCUGGCAGACAUGGAGAUUACCUUUUUCCCAGGGCACCCAUUUAAACCUUUUGAUCAGCUAAUGGGCACAUUACCAGCUGCAAGCUCCAAUGCACUGCCUAAGCUGUAUGGGUCUUUGAUGACUGACCCAAAUUCACCUUUAAAAGAAUUUUAUCCAAAAGAUUUUAAAGUUGACAUGAAUGGCAAACGCUUUGCAUGGCAGGGUAUUGCAAAACUUCCUUUUAUUGAUGAAAGACUUCUGCUUUCUGAAACAAAGAAUCUUGAGGACACACUAACAGAAGAAGAAAAGUAUCGUAAUAGAAAAAUGUUUGAUAUCUUGUACGUUUACGAAAGACAUCCCCUAGCGGCACAAGUUGCUUCACUGUACCAUCUGUAUUCUCGGUCAUUGGAAGGACAAUCAUAUUGUAUUCAGAUCAAUCCAGCAUAUAGUGAUGGAAUGAAUGGGUUUCUAUGUUUAUGUGAAAGGAACAGUUACAAUACAUCAGUUUCUUUUCCACUUGAAAGGUGGAACACUGUUGAAAAUAACCGAGUUCUAAAUGCCACCUAUCUCAAUCCUAAGAAUCAUCAACACAUUCCAGAACCACCUGAAGGUGUGAUAAUGCCAGUGAAGGUUGUGAAACCUCAAGAUAUCAAGCCCUUCCCUGUAUUAUGGCAUGAAGAUAACCGGCGCCAUCAAUCUAGAGAAAGGCCACAGGUUUCCGGAGUUAUUACUGGCUCAAGGCUAGGAGCAGCAGCACAUCGUCUGGUCAUAAACUCUCUGCAAACCAACUUCAAUGGCAAUGCACGUUCAGAGCUCGCCAGCAGGAAUUACCCUCAAAUGAUUACCCGACCUAGGCCAGCUGGAUCUUUAGGAUAUGAAAGAGGCUUCAAGGAAUCUAAUAUUCGUCAUCAUUAUUCUGGUCCUAUACCCCGAGCUAUUUCAAACUUUAGGCCGGUUAAUUUCUUUAACGAAACACAUCUCGGCAGGCAGAACUUUAAUUAUCAAGAGCAGUACUAUAAUCUCAGGACAGGGAUGUCAAAUUUCUCAAUCGAAGAGGGAGCAAGCUUUCAGUCUUAUGCAAGAACACAAAAUUCUGGGCCUUUCUCAAAUCAGCAGCAAAAUGUCCACCGUCCCGGUCCUCCACCCUCACUACCUCCCACAAAUUGGAACGGUAGUGAACAACAAACCUCAUCCAGGGCAAUUUAUGAUAAGCAGCAGCAACAGCAGAUGAGCAAGGGACACCGAAUCAAAUCACAGGCCCCUGAAAAUUCGUCAGAUUUUGCAAGGCAGUAUUGAAUUCACAUCAGAUUUUUUUUCUCCCUUAUUGUGACGUUGCAUCAAAUGUAACUACAUUAUAUAGUGAUCAAAUGUGAUUAUAUUAUAUAGUGAUCAUGAAUUGAUGAUCAUUCUUGAAAUGUUAACAACAGGGUUCAAGGCUUA